ACCAAGCUAUUUGGUCCUCAUUUACUUGAAAUCAUUUCUCUCAAAUUUUGGCUCGUAAAAGCCGUCCUUCCCCGAAGAAAAUACCGCAGUGACAUUAUCAGCUAAUUACUUAUCAAAUAAUCUACAUAUUUUUGUUGUAAGAGGAUUUGCAUGGGGGUCCUGCAUCUUCAACAAGUUCACUUUCAACCCAAGCACCAUGCGGUGGAUUUUAGGGGCAGUUUUAGUAGCUUUUGCUUUGAUUGAAGCUGCUGACCAGAGUGACGUCAAAAAUGACGGCAUCUUCAUGGACGAGGCAUCAGCCAAGGCGUUCGGCCCACGGCGGGUUAAGAGGAGCUGGUUGGGUGGUAUCAUUAAGAAAAUAACUGGAGAAGAACGGAGUGAAGAGAAAGAAAGCCGGAAGGAGACGGCCAGACGAAAUGAGUUGAACAGAUUCUGUACCGCCAACUGUUGGUCGCAGUGGACGCCAUAUUCCCCGUGCUCUGUCCAGUGUGGACACGGAGGCACCAGAACACGCACGCGAUCUAAAGCUCCUCCAGCGAGGUGUUCAGGCUGGGCCGCCGGACACAACUGUAACGGACCCUCCCUGGAACGCCCGGGGUGUUCUGUACCCUGUAGUAACGGUGGCACCCCUGGGAAUGCGAUGUGCUCCUGUCCACCCGGGUUUAUUGGGAAAUGCUGUGAGACCAAGGUCACCUGUCAACAUCCGGGCAGACCAGCUCAUGGUGACGUCACUCCCAGUUCUCCCCCGCAUGACAUAGGCACGAGGGUUACAUAUAGAUGUGAGACCGGCUACCGCCUGCAGGGAACAGACACUCGAACUUGCCAAACUAACGGCAAGUUCGAUGGAUCAUUGCCGACUUGUGAGCGUAAGUAAAAUGAUAUAUUUUAA